UGACAUUGUUAUCAGUUAGGGUGGGUUUGAUUCGGUGACCCCGUUAGAUUGUUUUGUAUCCAUUUACGUCAAAAAGUGGUGCAGUGAUUUUGGUAUGACAGGGUUAUUGCCAAAACAUGUUUGAGCAAUACAAAUGCAAUAAACGACGUUACAAUUUUUUUUAAACAGAAACCAUAUUCGCUGUACCGUUGCGCUAAGACGGUACAUAAAUCGAGCUCACCCAUACAAAUGUUGGGUUUGUGAGCACUGCGCGUCGGUUGUGUAGUGCACCAAGCUGCCGCCGCGGUCGCAGCUGCCACUGGGUCUGCUGCGGCUCCUGCGCUAUGUGUAGACUGCUGAGGGCUGACAGGGUAGCCAGUUAGCUUGUUAGGUGCCUCUCGCUAAGUUAGCCAAGUUACUGGAAGCGGCAUUUGUACCAUACAUGCGUCAGGUGUUAACGUUACAGCGCCAAAAAUUAGUUGUAUCGACAAGGCUAACAGUAGUUAGCCUAAAGUGGCUGCUUGCCGUUUGGAUUAUAAGUAAUUAGCUAGCUCUAGCUAACGCGGAAGGCACCCCCUACAGAGUAAUCAAUGAUUAGCUGAACAGACAUAACGUUAGCUACUAUUCAGUCCAUUUCUGACCUUUCUUCCUGAGCAAAGGAUGUCUAAACGCCUUCGAAACAGUGAGGUCUGUGCCGAUUGCAGCGUCCCAGAACCUCGCUGGGCCUCUGUGAACAGGGGUGUGUUGAUUUGUGAUGAGUGCUGUAGUGUUCAUCGAAGUCUGGGCAGACACAGCUCUCAAGUCCGCCACCUGACACACACACCAUGGCCUCCUACACAGCUCCAAAUGGUUCAGACAUUAUACAGCAAUGGUGCAAAUUCAAUAUGGGAGCACUCUCUUCUGGACCCUGCGUCCGUGAUGAGUGGGAAACGCAAAGCCAACCCUCAGGACAAACUACACCCAAACAAAACAGAAUUCAUAAAGGCCAAAUAUCAAAUGCUAGCAUUUGUCCAUCGCAUGCCUUGCCGAGAGGAUGACAGCUUGACAGCCAAGGAUUUAAGCAAGCAACUUCACUCAAGCGUACGCACUGGGAAUCUUGAGACCUGCUUGAGGUUGUUAUCGCUGGGAGCCCAAGCUAAUUUUUUUCACCCAGAAAAAGGGAACACCCCACUGCAUGUGGCUGCAAAGGCAGGUCAGGUAUCUCAGGCUGAGCUACUCACUGUUUAUGGGGCAGACCCUGGAGCUCCUGACAGCAGUGGAAAAACUCCCAUUGACUAUGCAAGGCAAGCUGGUCAUCAUGACCUGGCCGACAGGCUGGUGGAGAUUCAGUAUGAACUCACGGAUCGACUGGCGUUUUAUCUGUGUGGAAGAAAGCCAGAUCAUAAAAAUGGCCAGCACUUCAUUGUUCCACAAAUGGCUGACAGGAACAUCAGUUUAGAUUUGUCAGAGCUGGCAAAGGCAGCAAAGAAGAAGCUACAGUCUCUCAGUAAUCAUUUAUUCGAAGAGCUGGCCAUGGACGUGUACGAUGAGGUGGACAGAAGAGAAACUGAUGCAGUAUGGUUAGCUACACAAAAUCACAGCACCCUGGUGACAGAAACGACUGUGGUGCCUUUCCUGCCUGUGAACCCAGAGUACUCAUCAACACGAAACCAGGGACGCCAAAAGCUUGCAAGAUUCAAUGCACAUGAAUUUGCAACUCUUGUGAUUGACAUACUAAGUGAUGCAAAACGCAGACAGCAAGGGAAUCUAGUAACCAGUCCCAAAGACAAUGUUGAACUUAUCCUGAAAAGUGUGGGUGUGAGACAUGGGAGUGAUGGCCAGGACAAUGACCAGCCUGACUAUGACAGCGUGGCUUCUGAUGAGGAUACAGAUCAAGAACUUCCCUCCAGCAAAGGAGAUAGGACCAAGAGCCUGGACUCCGACCUCUCAGAUGGACCUAUUACUAUGCAGGAGUUUUUGGAGGUGAAAAAUGCGCUCUCUGCCUCUGAGGCCAAGAUCCAGCAGCUCAUGAAAGUCAACAGCAACCUGAGUGAUGAAUUGAGGCUAAUGCAGAAAAAGCUGCAAUCUCUGCAAAGCGAGAACACCUCUCUCAGGCGGCAGGUCACAACCAAUAUCUAUCAGAUCCCCAGCGGUUCAGACUACCCUGACCCCUCCAGCCCCUCAGCCCUGAAACGCCGGCAGUCUGCGCGGGCCAGUCGGCCCAUGUCUAUGUAUGAGACUGGCUCAGGCCUGAAGCCCUAUCUCCCUAAGGGGGAAACUCCCUACCCAGACGAGGGUAUCCCCACCCUGCAACCCUUCCCACCUCAUACGGAAAGGGGCGCUUUUGUGACCACCUCUUCAUCCCUCCCCUCAUUUCCAUCCACCCUGUCUUGGUCGAAGGACGAAAGUGCUCAAAAGGCUUCGAAGUUCGAAAAGCAGAGCAGCAUGCCAGACAGUGACUAUGACAAUACAUUCAAUGACUCAGAGAUGGAUGAUUCAGGUGUGGGCAGGAGAGGCAGGCUAAGGAGCAGCGGUUGGCUAGGGGAGGGCACCUCUAUCCCUGAGCUGGAUGAUCUGGAGCUGGAGUCAGACCCCACGCUUCCAAGCACAGAGGACGUCAUCCGCAAGACUGAGCAGAUCACCAAGAAUAUCCAAGAGCUGCUCCGGGCCGCUCAGGAGAACAAACACGACAGCUUCAUACCCUGCUCAGAAAGAAUACAUGUGGCUGUAACAGAAAUGGCUGCCCUCUUUCCCAAGAAACCACGCUCAGAGACUGUGAGGGGCUCCCUGCGCUUGUUGACCUCCAGUGCCUACCGGCUUCAGAGUGAAUGCAGGAAGGCCGUGCCCUCAGAGGGAGGCCCGGGGCCGGACAUGCAGCUUGUCACCCAGCAGGUCAUCCAAUGUGCUUACGACAUUGCCAAGGCAGCCAAGCAGCUUGUCACCAUUACCACAAAGGAGAACACCAACUAACAGCACUUACAGGGCUGCCAGAGCCAACAGCAUCUCACUUUUGUUCUCGUAUUUUUUUUUUAAUGAUUUUCUUUUUUUGUAUUUGUGGUAUAUGCAUGCAUUCUUUUUUAAUUUAAGAAUAAUAUACAAAAUAACAAGUCUUCAAGAUAUUUAAAGCCAACAUUGGACAAAGCCUGAAUGCUGUUUAUGGGAAAGAGUCAGCAACUUAAGGAUACCAAGCUGGUUGUAAUAACUUUGAGUAGGUUGUCUGGAGCAAAAGUAUUAAGUUUACACAAACAUGUAUAGACAGCAGUGGCUAGCUGACCUGGGGAAUUUAAUGGUUUCUUAAUUAGUCCUGACAUUUUAGCCUCCCUUAGUUAUCUACAAUGUUUAGUCUAUUAUGUAAAUGCCUUCUAUUCGAAAAGGAAGGAAUUAACUUUCUGCUCUGUGACUCAGUGUACAGUACAUCCAUGAAAUGAUGUUGGUUAACAUGAAUUAGUCCAAAGCCAGACAUGGAUGCUUGGAAAGCCAUAAACAAGCCAUGAAUCCACAGUCAUGAAAGGUUAUUACCAACACUCUUGGAACUAAAGAAGCUUCCCCUCAUUUAUUGCACUGUGCAAACAUUAGCAUACUGUAAGAUGAAUCUUCAAAACAAUUUGAGCAUUUAAUUACCUUUGGUUAAAUGUUGGGAACUUCAUUUAUGCACAUUUUGUAGCCCUGCGGUGCCAAUGUGUGUCGCAUAGAAAAGCUAUUUAUGGUUUGUCCCCUGUCCAAGUGUAAUCCUGUCUGCAAUGCAAUGCACUUAUUGCAGCUAUUUAUGUAUGCCCAUUUGUCAGUGAAUGCAAAUAACACCUGUUCAGGGGCCAAAUUAUGUUCUUCACCAGCAAGAUGCUCUUCUGUUAACUUAUGUUGAUUUGGUGUGUUUCUGAGAGGCUAGACACUGCACUGUAUUAUGCGGUCUUGUGUGCUAUAGCAGUGUUGGUGGUGUUGCAAGAUAUUUAGAGCUAAUAAUCCUGUCUGUCCAUGUGUUUUGUGCUCUGUUCUGUUGCUGCUAGAUUUGUAUUUAAUGUGCAACAUAUGGGAUAGAACUAUUGAUGUCUCCUGUAUAAUUGUGCAACCCAAGAUUCAUCCGCACCAUGUGGUUCAGAGUUCAUUGUCAAACUUGAAAUCUGAUCAAGGUAAUGUCCCUCUCUGUACUUGAAUGGAGUCCAGAGAUGUUUGUCAUGCAGCUGUUAUAGCUGCACAGGGGAAAAUAAUUAUUUUCUAAAUAAACUUAAUUUAUAACUAUAA